AUGCAGCUCAUCUCUCUCGUUGGUCUCAUGGCACUUGUGCCUGCAGUGCUCUCAUCUCCCACAGACUACAACAGUAUUGUGGCUCGCGCUGAUAACCGAGGCACGGAAAUCAUUGCUGGCCUGGGAUCCCGCAAGCAGGAGGUAGUUAGUGCCGGUGGCAACACCCGUGACCUCGCAAUUGCGAUGCUGGAGACGAAGACAAUGCAGACCGAUUACACCUAUGGUGACGGAAAGACUGGCGAUGCCACGAACUUUGGUAUCUUCAAGCAGAAUUGGUUCAUCUUGCGACACUCUGCGUCCGAAUUCAUGGGCCAGUCCGUCGGUGAUGUCGACAAUGGAGCAAUUCUCAACUCCGACCUGGGCAAAGAUAUCAAGGCCCGCCACGAGGGUGAGGAACACUAUGGAUUUGAAACCUGGUUCAGUGGUCACCGCAACGGAGAAAGUGGUGUCAACAACCCCGGCACGGAGGACAUCAAGGGAUAUAUCGAUGCCAUUGCCUGGAUUCAGCAGCAGAUUGAGAGCGACGAGAAGUACCAGUCUGAUGAUACUCGAUUCUGGGUUGAUGUCCAGGCCAUCUAG